AUGAAAUUCAACUGGAUUCGCCCUCACAGAGCAACAUGGCAUAGGAAAUUGUUCCAAGCUUUUCAAUCUAAUAUUCUCAGAAAAUGCUUGAGGUUAAAUAAUUAUCAUUCGAUCCAUUAUAGAUCACUUCACUCUUCUCUUCAUGCUCGGAAUGAAAGCUUUUCUAAUAUCGGUGUUAGGAGCACGGAUUUGAACAAUUUAAAGCCAAACAAUUCAUAUUUUGAAAUUUCUGCAACACUCACUAACGAUGGAAUUUUAUUUGAACAGUAUCCAUUUUGGCCAAGCAGCGUGAGGUCUAAUCCCCUUUUAUUAUUUGAUCAGAUGAAACAAAUAAUAGUUAUGGAAAACGAUGACGGUGACACCUUAUCUGAAAUUAGAACCAACCAUGACGAAAUAAUAUUUUUAAGGAAUAAGGUUGAUUCAAAAUUUGUGGAAUAUUUGAAACUGCGUGGAAUUCCAAUCAUUGAACGGAAAGUUAAUCUUUGGGAAGACAUUACUGAGCCAUUUCUUGACACCUCUGUACCAACAUUGGAUGAUAAGAAACCACAAAUCUUAACAAUUUAUUCUCAGAUGAGUCCAAAAGAUUUGGACUUUAUCUAUUCUGUCAUCUCAGAACCUCUUUUUGCUUACAACUUUGAGACCAUGCUUUGGGAAAGUGUAUCUUUGGAUUUAUUUGAUGUUUUCUGUAGUCUUGACAAGAACUGCCCGCUUUGUGUAAAGCCUCUUGGUGAAAAAGAAUUCAAACAAUUUUACAAUUUCGCCAAUAAGAUUACCAUCCAAAUAGAAAACUCUGUAGCUUGA